GUCAUUAACAAGAGCUUUUGUACGAGCUGCGAUACAUUUAUAGAUCUAACAGUCGUGAUGAAUUCUCGUAUUGCAUGGCUCAUGGCCUUCUUCUCAGUUCUCUUGAUUGCUGCAGAUCAUAGCAUAGAAGCAAGAAAGGAUCCUGGAGAAUAUUGGAUUAGUGUUAUGAAAAAACAGCCCAUGCCGGAAGCACUUCAAAUCGUUAUUCCUCUGGAUUCCUCGCCAUCUCAACUCAACAAGAAUGCCGAUGACUGUCACACGUCUGAGCUGGGAGCAGAGAUCAACAAAUUAGACCCGCUUGUCGAGGAUUUCAAGCAUAAAGAUCAUGAUCACAAGCAGCGUUUUGCUGAUGUUGGUCAUGAAUCAGAGAAGAAGUUUGUUGCCUCAGCUUACACCGAUGAUCAUGUCCACGGUUCUAAAGAAAAAGCAUUUGCAGAAGAAUUUGAGCAAGCACCAGAUGUUACUAUUUAUCACGAGCUCAUGGCCUUCUUCUCAGUUCUCUUGAUGGCUGCAGAUCAUAGCAUAGAAGCAAGAAAGGAUCCUGGAGAAUAUUGGAUUAGUGUUAUGAAAGAACAGCCCAUGCCGGAAGCACUUCAAAUCCUUGUUUCUCUGGAUUCCUCGCCAUCUCAACUCAACAAGAAUGCCGAUGACUAUCACAUGUCUGAGCUGGGAGCAGAGAUCAACAAAUUAGACCAGCUUGUCGAGGAUUUCAACCAUAAAGAUCAUGAUCACAAGCAGCGUUUUGGUGAUGUUGGUCACGAUCAAUCAGAGAAGAAGUUUGUCAAGGACUUCGAACCCAGACCUAACCUCUCAGCUUACACCGAUGAUCAAGUCCACGGUUCUAAAGAAAGAGCAUUUGCAGAAGAAUUUGAGCAAGCACCAGAUGCUACCAUUUAUCACGAGUGAUGAUUAAUUAAUUAAGAAGGAUGGUGCAAUUUAUAAGGGACUUCGUACGUGUAAGAUAAUAUAUCAGGAUUCAGUACGGCAAUUAAAUAAGUAAAAAUUAAGAUGCCAAGAAAAAAUAAAAAAUGAAUUCGUCAUGGAAGAAGGUUCCCUAAUUGCACGUAGAACCAGUACUAGUUG